AUGGGUGACGCCGGUAUGCCUCGAUCGCUCCAGGAGAGCUUGGACAACACAAAGGUCUCUUAUGUCCAACUCGGCGCUUCUGGCCUGAGAGUCUCCAUCCCCAUCUUGGGAGCCAUGUCCUUUGGUCACAAGGACUGGCAACCAUGGGUCAUCGACGAUAUGGAGGAAGUGGACAAGCUCCUCAAGGGCGCCUACGACCGUGGCCUCAACUCCUGGGACACCGCCAACGUGUACUCGAAUGGCGAAUCUGAACGCAUGAUCGGCCGCGUCAUCAAGAAGCACAACAUCCCCCGCCACAAACUGGUCCUUCUCAGCAAAUGCUUUGGUACUGUCGGCGAAGAACCCGGCGUUGUGCACAUCAAGUACCCCGAACAGAUCAGGAAGAGCAAAGACUAUGUCAACCAGGGCGGACUGAGCCGUGCUGCCAUCUUCAAUGCCGUGGACGCGAGUCUGGAGAGGCUGGGCACGACUUAUCUGGAUGUGCUGCAGAUUCACCGUUUUGACAAGUCCGUGCCGGUCGAGGAGACCAUGAAGGCUCUGCACGACCUCGUGCAGGCGGGCAAGGUUCGAUACAUCGGUGCAAGCAGCAUGUGGGCGUACCAAUUCGCCAAGCUGCAAACCUGCGCCGAGGCCCACGGCUGGACCAAAUUCAUCUCGAUGCAGAACCACUACUCGCUGUGCUACCGCGAGGAAGAGCGCGAGAUGAACCCCUACUGCCACGAGACGGGCGUGGGCCUGAUCCCCUGGGCGCCCCUGUACCGCGGACUGCUGGCGCGCCCCUUGGGUUCCGAGGCCACGGUGCGCGAGGAGAGCAUGAAGGGCAACCCGAUGUUUUCGGGCCUCGACCCGGCGGACCGCGAGAUCAUCAAGCGCGUCAUGGAGCUCGCGGACAAGAAGGGCUGGAAGAUGUCGCACGUCGCCCUGGCCUGGAUCAUCCAGAAAAACACCAUCCCCAUCGUCGGCUUCAGCAACCUCGCCCGCUUGGAGGAGGCCAUCGCCGUCAAGGGCAAGACCCUCACCGAGGACGAGAUGAAGUAUCUCGAGGAGCCGUACAAGCCAAAGGCUAUUGUUGGCCAUUCGUAG